UUGACUGGAGAAGUGAAAAUUGGGUAGACGGCGGGUUUGGUCUGAAAACGUACAUAAUUGAGCGAGGGUUUUUUAGGUCACAAUAUUAUAAAUACUCAUCAUGCCUCCCAAGCAAUUUAGUUGCAAACAGUGUAACUUGGCAUUUCCUAGUAAGGUGAAACUACAAGCUCACAUAAAAAAACAUUCAAAAUCAAAGUCACAACCUAAAAGUGCUAGGAAAAAAGAUUCAAGUUCUGUACCUCUGAAAAAGCAACUGAAGUGUGAAAUUUGUAGUCGGGAGCUUACCACACCUGCCUCUCUCAAAAGACAUGAAAAUGCUUGCAGAAGGAACCUAGAGAGGUCUUUAGAAGACGCUCAGUUAAUAGACACAGAUGACAGCUCUCAGCUCAAUGGAGAUGAUCCCAUGGAAAAUGAUCUGAAUCAGGAUACCUUGAAAGAACAGAUGAGAGGAAAAAUCACCACUCGUGUUAAAUCACUGAUAGAUGAAACAAGAACUCAGAGAAACCGGAAAAAAUUUAAGUGUAAAAACUGUGAUGCUGCAGUUGGGGGUUCUGGAAAACUGUGCAAGUCAUGUUUGAAAGCAUCAGAAAAUAAAAAAAUGGGGAAAGGAAAACAAGAAAAGAAGGAGCCUAUUAUCAUGAUUCAGUCAUGUGAAGAAUGUGGAGCAUCCUUCUCAUCUAAAAAUGCACUACUUGACCACCUUUCUGAGCACACAAGGAUGAAACAACAUCAGUGUCACGUCUGUAAGAAGUAUUUCAGUCGCAAGUAUCAUCUUGACCGUCAUCUACAGAUGACCCCCUGUUCUGACCAACCUGUUCUAAGACACAGCUGUCAAGUAUGUGGUAAAAGCUACACCCGCAAGGAAAACCUUCGAGAACAUCUCAGACAACAUGCUGGAGAAGUUUCUCGUCGCAAGAAAUACAAAUGUGAUUAUUGUCAAAAACAGUUUCAUGGUACUUCUUUGUUGACAAUCCACAUCAGGACUCAUACAGGAGAGAAACCCUUCACAUGUGAAUUCUGUUCCAAAGCAUUCCCAUCAGUAGGUGCUCUGACAAAACACAGACGUAUACACACUGGAGAAAAACCGUAUGAAUGUCCUGACUGUGGGCUCCGAUUUUCUUUAAAGGGAACCUUGAAUCGUCACAUUAGGGUUCACACAGGUGUUCGCCCUCACAGAUGUCAGUAUUGUGGAAAGCAGUUUAUUCAGUCAGGUGGUCUCAAAGCCCACAUGUUCUAUCAUACUGGUGACAAUGGCUUUAAGUGUGAAGCUUGUGGAAAAAUCUUCAAUCGCAAAGCCCGGUUACAAAUGCACGUCCGAUAUGUUCAUGAUAAAAUCAAGCCUUUUGAAUGCUCGGAUUGUGGGAAAUGCUUCACCCGUAAAGAAGAUCUGACACGACAUUUCACUCUGCACACAGGUGAGAAACCUCAUCAGUGUCCAACGUGCUUGAAACGAUUUGCCAUUAAACCCUCUUUGAAGCUUCAUCUGCUAACUCACACAAAAGAAGAACCACGAUCCUGUCAUGAAUGUGGACGUGCUUUCAUACGUAAAGACUGUCUUUUGCGUCACAUGAGAAAGCGUCAUCGUGAUGUUUUAGAUAAGAUUCUGCUUGAUGAAAAGGAUCAGAAAAAUAGUCCAGCUUCACCAGGUACACCAUCAACUCGCACAUUAAAUGAAGAAACCCUUUGUUCCAACAUUCGGGAACUUCUUAGUCUUCUGGUGGAUGAACCAACCCUCAAGGGAUUUGGAUGGCCAGACAGGCCAGUAGCUGAACUGUUGGAGGCUGUCAUUCGUCGUUGUGGCCACACCCCAGUAAAUCCAGAUGACUACACCUACAUGGAUUGUUUGCGGGAAAACUCCAAACUCCUUUUCACUGUUGUCAUUGAUGACAAUGCUGUCAAGACCUUGCUCAAUAACCAGACUGUGGAUGAAGUGAUAUUGCAUGUUUUGCGGCUUGCUAAAUCCUAAUUGCUGACCUGAGGUGGGAGAUGUGGUAGUGCCUUAACUUUAGCACUGUUAAACAUAUAUUAUUGUUUUCAAGGCAUUCCAUUUGAUAAGUAGUUUGACAGGUUUUACUAUUACGUGCCUUCAUUUCAUAGCUGUUGAGAAGUUUAAUAAUGGCGUUACUUUUAAUAUAAACUGUCUCAUACUUAAAUGUGAAAUAUACUAUUAUCUCCAGUAACAUACAAAAAUUAACAUAUUCAGGUUAAACCUUUAUUGAACUUUCUUUUAAAGGAUUUGAUUUUUCAAUUUUAGACACUGAGAAACACUCAAAUUCAUAUGGUAUCUCUCUCAAGCAAACUUUCUCUGUUUACUCUCUUUAUUUUUCAAAGACUUCACGUAAGUUGUCGAGAAUAAUAAACAUAGGUUAGAAAAAAAAGCGUGGUCCUAACAUCUCACAGGUUUUUACAGUAAAUGUGCCUUAUUAUUGUCUUCCAGCAACAUAGAAAUAUACAACUGUUCAGAGAGUAGUGGAGCAGUAAGUGGGUGCGUAAGAAAGCUGCAGGUCACAUAAUAGUGCUUAGGCCAUUAAUUAUUGUUAUAUAUUUUGAUAUAUUCUUUUUCAGUAUUUAGUAACAUGAAUUUUGUGUAGAAUAAUUAAUGGCCAUUUAAAUGUAUUUUUGUCAGUAAUUAUCUUUUUUCAAACCUUGUGCUUAAUUGUUUGUAGCUAUGUGUUUAUUGUAGAAAUUAUUUUUUUCAGUCCUUGUAGCUACUUGUAGUAUGCUGCUUUUCUAAGUUUUAUUCUGUGAGAGCAUUAACUUGUUUAAUGUAUUUAGUAGAUUUACUGUAUAAGUGGAAAUAAAGUGCAUCUGCUGGUGUACCAUUUAUAUUCUCAUUCAAAUAGUAUGUUUUUGAGAUCAUAAUUAGAUGUACUGAAGUAGCAGUUGACAUAUAUUUUGUAAAUGCAUGCUUUUUUUGUGGAUUUUUUAAUGAGUGGAAAGUCCUUUUUUUGUAAGACUUCUGCUGUUUAACUGUGUGUUUCCAGUAAAGGAGAUUACGUAUUUUUCUAUUUUGUAUACUCUUACAUGUCAUAAUCUCUUCACAAUUUUAAAAUAAUCUCGUACAUACCUAACUUCUAAUACUGUUUUUGGGUUCAUAGAUUGUUAGGGACUUGUACGUAUGGUGCUUUAUCACAUAAAAAAACUUCAUCUCAAUUCUUUUAACUAAAACUCCUGUUUGUUGUGCAAGAAAUUAAGAAAAAACAAAUUAAGAGCAUGGUCUUAAUAUCCUUUUGCUGUUAAAUCAAUAAUGGAUGAUGGGACUGAAUGUAGCCCCAUUUUUUUCCACCAUAGUUUAUAUAAUUGUCAAUUGUAUAAUUGAUUUUGGGUAGAUUUAGAUUUUUUAAUUAACAAAUUUUACAUUUUUUUCUUCUAAUAUUUCAUAAAAUCUGUAUGAAUAUAUUUUAUUUGAACUUGUGAUGAGAUACUUGUUGAAAGUUUCUUGGUAUGAUGGUGUAAUGCAUUAAUUUUUAUUUUGUAAACCAGCCAAAGCUUGAUGGAUUAAUAUGUGAGUAAAUGAAUCCGAUUGUGCUCUCACUAUUACUGAAGUGUAGUUUGUAUACCAGUGUAGUCUGAUAAGUGGAAUGUAUUUAACACUGAUUAUAAUAGGAAUAUGCAAUCAAAUACUUAAGUGAAUUUGAAAGGAAUUUACGUGCUAAUUUUGUGUUUGUAAUUGGUUGCCUCCAACAGAUCCUGAUUGAUCCAAAUGGUGAGUGGACAUUAUGUGAUCUAUCACUGUUGUGAUUGGGUAAAAUGGUCUUGUGUUUAACAAGUAAUAAAUUAUUACAAAAUUUUCAAUAAAAGUAGAUAAUAUGAUUUAGUUUCUUAUCGUUAACUUUUUAAUGAAUGUAAAAACUGGCCUAACAGUAAAAUUAACCAUUAGUAAAAGAUAAACAUCAAAGAGGAAAGAUACUGAAGCCAUGUGACCUAAUCAGCUAAGGGAUUUCUAGCAUCAUACCAGUUGUAUGCCCUUACUUUUGGCCCAAACUAAUGUGUUCUGUACAGGUAACAUUUUCUUGUAUUGGAAAGCAUGAAACUUUAGAAGACAAAUAGGUGUAAAGUGAAAAUGACAAGUCUUUAAAUUUAUUUAGUAGAGAGAAUUUGUGGUCCUGAAUAAUGAUAAUGUUUUUCUCACACACAUUUAUAUAAACACAGUUCAUCCAUAUACUUGUAUCAUGUAAGCAUUACUGUUGGGUUCAUCUAAGCUGAAUCACCUUGAUGUUGCUCAUCACAGAAGAGAAUUUGUGUAGCAAGAAAUCAUUUAGUUUUAUCAUACUCCUAAUUAAUUAAAACAAGAAAUUUAUAAUGAUAAUAAAACAGUAAUUAUAAAGAACAUAUAUUAAAAGAUUAAAGAGAUUAUAAAAGCUAUUAGGUUAGCAAACAAAAUGACAAAAGUCUUAUCAAACCAACAAAGCAAUCUUAGAGCCAGUUUUACUUUGGAGCUGACAAAAAAGUGGACUUUUUGUGUUCUCAUUUGGGAUGAUCAGUAUUGCUUUUAAGUAUACUUAUUUGAUUAUUAAACUUGAUCACAUUAUGUUCAUUGGUAGACUUGCAUUCAGUCAUUUUAAAGAUCCAUGCAUGGAUUUGUGAUACCUGUGGAUCUACACUACAGUCUGCUGUUUAACAUGGGCCUCUCUUUCACAGAUUCACAUCACAUCCACAUAAAACGAUCUUUACAGGAACACCUGAAACUUUUCAACUCCUUUACAGAGAAUUAGUUUUAUAAAGACUAAGCCAUUAACUCUAAUUUACAAGAGGUCAGAUUCAAUUAAUAAUCAAGUACAAACUUGUUAUUAAGAUUAAUGUCUCCUUGGUAAUGUAGACAGUUUUGUGUGCUUAUCACACUAUAGAAUUAAUUGUAUUUAGAAAGACGAUACUAUUCUUAGCUAGUACCAAAGAAAAUACUACUACAGAAUGUAUGUGGAAAACGAAUGUAAUGAAUCCAAAUUUUACAGGUAAGGUGUUACUUCUACUUUUCUUAAGUGGAUAAAGUAUACAUGGUUUAAAUACUUACCCAGAGGUUUGCAUAUCACUAGUUGGAAGUUAAUAAAGAGAUGUAAAAUCAUGGUGGAAUAAAAAAGAAAGAAAUAUAUGAAAACUUUUAUCAGUAACCACUACUGAGAUAUAUAUAUAUAUGUAUUAUGUAACAAAAAAGAAAUAAGAUUUAAGAUACCUAAACUGUUAAUGCAUUGUUAUGGAAUAAUCUGCAUAAAACUUUUGGUGUAUUCUGCUUUUUAUCAAAUAAUUUGUGUAUGUUUUAUGUAGCCACUUGUAUACGUACACAACAUUUAAUUAGGUCUACAUGUGCUCUGUUGUUGGUAUUUACAACUGUAGUUAAUUGCAUGUAUUAAGGUAUUUUGUCUCUGAGUAACACUGGAAAUUUUGUAAUUAAGGAAAUGAAUAAAUAGAAUUAGGUAUGUUGAGAAUAAAGCUUCGUACAUGGAAACUGAAAGUACAUGUUAUAGACAGCUAAGUCCUUAAUAGUAGAUGAUUUGUGAAAACAAUGUUGUGAAAUGCAUGCAAUUUAUUUCAGAUUAAAAUCAUAACUUUAAAAUGUUUCAACAUUGCAUUUGGUAUGAGAAAUAACUCGUGUGCUAGGACAUCAGACUGAAUCAUGUAGAGAAAAGUGAUAAUUUUGUCUAUUGAGUAAACUUUUUUGUGGUUUUAUAAAUGGAAGAAGUGUAGAACUCAUCAAUCAAAACAAGUAUUUGCAGCUGAAUAAAAUUAAGUUUUGAUUUUUUUUCUUUAGGGUGUGAAUAAAAUUUAUGAUUAACACAAAAAAUAAAAUGUGUAAAAGUCCAGUAUUUAAUAAGAUAGCAUGAUAAUUUUCUGUUAGAAGUAAUUAAAUUUAUAAGAACUUUUAUUGUUUGUCAGUUUUGUGCUGCACCAAUCAUUCAGUCUGCCAAGUUUACAGUGUAUAUCUGUUGUGUUUAAACUAUGAGAUUGUUGAAACAUUUUUUUAUGUUUAGUGAAAUGUACUUUUGUGCCUUAAGUUUAAGCUCUCACAUGCAAUAAUAUUCUCCUAGUUUCACUGUUUUCAAAUAUUCUCUAAGUAAACAUAAGAACAGGAGAAUGCACAUUGGACACCUUUAUUUUGGCUAAUUGUUAUUAUUUGAGUAAUUCAUAACAAGUGUGCUUAAUUAUUUUGUUUCUGAAGAUACACAUGGUUUGUUACUCUUUUUUUGUUAGUUACUACAAUGUGAAUUUCAUUAUAGCUAGAUUUUUCACAUUAUAUGAAAUUUUCAGUUUAUUUUUCUUUUGCUUGUGUAUUGUGUUUUCUGAUUUUAUAUAUGCAUACUUUU